AAUGGAGUGAUUGAGAAUGGUGAUGAGGAUGAAGAUGAUGGAGUGGAUCGUGAACUUGUUGAUGAGGAGUCAACUGACUCAAUGGUAUCAGCAUCUCAGAUUUUACCAAUUGGACUUUCUCGCCAACCUGAGCUGGACUCCAGGAGCCCUUUCCUUAUGAAACGGGUGUCCAACACAAGUGGAGCUCUGUUCUAUCAGGCCAGAACAUCACCUCCCCCUCCUCCUACUUUACCCAACAGCAAAGAAGGAAACCUUAAAGGAAAGGGAAAACUUUCAAGAUUAAUAUUUUCAUUGCUGUCCCUUCCUACUCAUUCUAAAUUUCUCUCUUGUCUCACCCUUCUCCUUUUUCUUCUCCUGUGCACCUCCUUCUACCUGGUGUUCCGGUUGGGCUCAAUACAGGAGAAGGUUGAAGCAUUCCUUCCCAGCUAUCCAGAGAACCUGGAGCAGAUCUCAAGCUGGCAGAAGGUUUUACAUUAUCAAUCCAGUCUGAAGGUGGAUCAAUACUUACAGAGUAACCUACAUCAAUUAGCAAAGGUCCGCGAAAAUCUGGACCGACUCUCUUCACUUCUCCAGGUCAAAGAAAAAGAUGAAUUCCGAUGAAUCCUUGAAGACGUGAUAGUCCACAUGACCAACUGUGAUACAACGGAAACGGAACCAGAUCUCUUUGUUCUAUAUUCCCCUUAAUCAGCUGACUCCAGUCCUAACUAAGGAAUAGCAGGAAUUCUUGCAUUGUUUAAAAUAAUUUGAAAUGGUGUUUUCUUGAAUUUUGAACAAUUUUACCCAUUUAUAUUAAAAUCACAUCCAUUCCAAAAGAUUUCUUUUACAUUUCAACGUA